CCAACAACCAAUAGAAGACAAAUAUUCAGACCUCCGAUAUGACCCAAACUGGAAGAAUAAGAAAGAGGAAGGGCAGCUGCUGACAGCAGAGACAUUGCCAGGGUCUGCGGACAGCUCUUCAGAAAAUCUGCCUUCGGGUCCACUCUACCCUUCCAAGGAUCCAUCAGUGGAACUCUCAAAGGAUAGAGACAGACGGAGUGUAGCCUCCUUCCUUGGAAGUGAAUUUUUAAGCCCAAACUAUGAGCAGGGCACCCGUCGCAGCGAGCCCUUUUCCGACCUGAGUGACGGUGACCCAGAGGAGAAGUCAAGCAGCAAUCUCUCUCAGUACGUGAAGAGUUCAAGUUCACAUAACGAGGUUUUCCUGCCAGGAUCACGUGGCCCUCGGCGAAGGAAGUCCAAACAAUAUUUUGUGGAAAAAAACAAGCUGACUUUGGGAAUACCGAGCCCUAAAACAGACUCUUACGUUCGACUUCACAAUAAAAAAAUGGGGGAGAUUCACCUAGAACAGGUCAUUUUGAGGAUAAAUUCUACCCCAAAUGAUGGAUGCAAAACCUUUUGGAGCCAGUAA